CCUAGCUCCAAGCCAGUCUCACUUUAAAAUCAGUCUCGCUCGGUCCUUCUCUUAAUAACAAAAAAUAAUCUGGAAACUGAAAGCGGAAAUCUAAAAAAUUACAAAAAUUUAAAAACCAGUUUUUUUUUGGAUAAAUUGUAACAAAAAUCUACAUUGCUUUUUAUAAUGGCCAAACCAAAUGAAACCGACUGCGAACAGUUGGGCAUCUUUAACCGUAUAGAUCGAUUGUGCCGACGUAUAUUACCUGGAUAUAACUAUAUCAGAAAUAAACGCAAUGGAUCCAAACACAAAUUUGAGAACCGUGGCAUUUCAUCGGGAUCCCUAGGACCCUCCAAAUUCCGUGGAAGACAGAAUAGGAAUCAGAAUGGAAUCACCGAUGAAAUAUUCCUUGGUGCUGGUAUAUCAAAAUCCGAAUUUUGCAAAGAACUUGAAGUUGUCUUACAAAAGAAACUAAUUGAGAUGCAGGAACGAAUGGCACAUUUGAAUCAAGGUGAAAUAGAUGCAUUCCAAAUGCAAGAUAAUGUUGUGAUGGUUAAGGAUGAACCGUCUGAAGAAGAUGUUGUAUCGGAGGAUAUUGAUCAGCCUGAGGUGAUGCGACCAGGAGUAGGUCCAACUGUGCGCCAUCGGAUGGUUCAAGUGAUGCUUCACAAGCCAGGUCAGAAGGCGAUUUACAUGGAUACAACCGAAAUAAACAGACCCCAAGUGAACACAGCUGAAAUGAACACACCCGAAAUGAACACAGCUGAAAUGAACACACCCGAAAUCAACACUCUGGAGGAGAAUCCAGCCCAAGAGUUUGAAGCAGAACAACCUAGCACCUCCAAGAAGGUAGCAAUGAAGGCAGACUCCUCCCCAGGAGUUAGCCCAAAAGUGCGCCACAGAAUGAUUCAAGCGAUGCUCCACAAGUCUGGAAAGGAUACUCAACAAAAGAAUCCACGGCGGGAGAAUGAACCACGUGCAAAGAAACCACGCAGAGGUGAACCUCAUCUUUCCAACAACAUUGAAGAAAAGAAGUCAAAUAUUCUGAUUGAGGGUAAAGUGCCGAGCGAUGACAUCAAUAUGGAUGUAAAUGAAAUCAAGGUGGAAGAAACGGAACCAAAACCGGAACCGGAAUCGGAAAUUGAAGCAAACCCAAAACCAACUAGAAUCGUGGAAUAUUUGAAGAAAUUUCACGGCCAGAAAGGCCAACAAAAUCGUUGAAGUUUUACUUUUUUGUUACCACUUCGCCGCCGAUAAAUUUUAUAUAUAUAUUUUAAUAAUGAGACAUUUCAUAAUCCCA